AUGGUGAGAACAGCUCAGAUUGCACGGUAUUCAUCCGACCCAGUCAGGCGAUGGAUUCAACGGGAAUAUCCCGAUCAUGGAGGCAACACUGUCAUUCUGGGGAAGUUUUCCUAUGAAAACCAAUUCUAUCGGCCGGAGGAAGGUGAAGCUUACCGACUUCAAGUAUACAGCACCACUCCUAUCCAGUCAGAGGAGUUCAAAAAGUUGUACAAAUAUCUCUGCUUUGACCUCAGCUGGCCUCCCUUUUUGGAAAUUUACUCCUACAACCCACCAGAUGGUCUGGCCUGCGUCGAGCACCAGCGUCGUGAAAUUGCCCAUCGCAAGCGUCUCCAAGCCGAACAGCGCGAAGGCAAAUAUGACGAGUCUAUUCCCCCUUGA